UUUCUUGUUGCUUGUCCGCACGCUCACGCCACAGGCUCGCAAAGCAAAAGUGCUUCCCAGCCACUGGGAUUUCAGGCCUGGGACACUGGAGCAGCAGGAGCGGACAGCAAUAUCUGAUCUUCCUGAAAGGAUACAAGAACUUGCAGAACCCAAGAAAGUGGCUUGUGCAAACGACCGCAGGCUCGUGUGGGGAAACCAAGAGACGAUCUGGACCCUCUCAGAAGGUGCUCUGACAGCUCGACCAUCCCCAAGAACAGUGUCACUGGCCAAGCCCAAGCAAGAUUUUAGCAAGCACCAGUGUAGACAGGAGUCAAUGGUCCGGGAGCGCUCCCUGCCAGUGGAUUUUUGCUUCCCUUCUGAUCGGCUGCUGAAGUUGGCUGAACCUAAAAAAUACCAGACUGCUUACCUGCAGCAAAGGUGAGAGUCCCCUGAGUGGCCUGUGUCGCCAGCUGCACUGAGGUGUAAGGCCUCCCCACGGACCCUGGAGCUUGCCCGGCCAAAGGUGCUGCACCCAGAGUUCAUGCUGCCCAGAGAGGUGCCAACACAGGUUACAAACGUGGCGACCAGAGCAUCCUCACGGUUACAGCGUCUCGCAGAGCCCCGCAUCAGGAAGGUGACCUGCUGCUAUGAGUACGGCUCACCCGAAUCUGCCAUCCGUCCGGUUUCCAAGUCAGCUCAGGAGGCAAUUGCAAGCCCUCGAACCCUGGAGCUGGCUUGGGCAAAAAGAUUGCACCCUGACUAUGUGCCCCUGCGGGAUGCUGAGUGGCCAGUGACGAAGGCUGCAAAGCACGCGGUGGCCACACCAAGGCUCUUGGAACUGGCCCAGCCUUGCAAAAGGCCUCCUAUGAGCUUGGCUCAGUUCAACCCAGACGCGUUCACAGUGAAGGAGAGUGCUAAGAAGGCAACUUGUUCUGCUCGGAUCCAAGAGCUGGCUCAUCCCAUUAAGCGUUGA